AUGCCUCAAGAUAAUAUCAAGGUUCCUCUGAGCACUCUAGAAAUGUCUGGGGAAUCAUGUCGUCUGUAUGUGUCAGAGGAAACAGACAUGCCAAACACAAAGGAUCAUCUACGAAAAGUCAGUGAGGUGGAAAUCAUAUGCAAAACCUCCCAGGUGCCCAGCUCUGAGAUCCAAUCACAGGUUAGGCCAUUUGAAUUGGAGGUAAAAAAGGUAAAGGAGAUGGAGGAAAGUAAAGCACACACGUCAAUGAAUGCCUUACAUACUGUUAAGACCAAGGCGAGUCUUACGACAACAGUUAAGUUACGUACAGUAACUAUAGAGGAAAAUGAGCUCCAGAAAGGACUGGUGGAGAUCUCAAAACUUCUGUCCAAUGAUGAAAAUGUCAGGCAGAAAAAUGGAGGUAAAAAAAAUGACCCGUACAUCAGGAAGCUGGAAGAGGAGAAUUACAGUUUGAGGGCGCAGGAUGACAAUAUGACUGCUGAGCCCUGCCUCAAAUCCCUCUCAGAGAAACAAAGGUCUGAAAACGAAAGUCUUUUGACAGAAAGUCAUAAUCUGAAAAUCAACACUGCUGUGCCGAGAGAGCAAGCAGAGAUUUCUAGUUUGAAUGCAGCAGACUGUGAUCUUCUGAGUCAACUGAAAGAGGCUCAAAGGGAUAAUGAUGACCUAACACAGAAGCUAGUCUGUGUUGAAUCUCUGAGGGACAAACUUCAGACCGAAAUUGAAAAGCUGAGCUCAGCAAUGCAUGAUUGUCAGGAAAAGGAAGAGUUUUUGAAUAAGCAGAAUGAAAGUACUGCUGCUAAACUGGCAGACGCUGACUCUGCAAAUCAGAAACAAAGUGAAGACAUUAAAAACCUGAGGACAAAAUUGCAAGAUUCUCAGGGUAAUGAGACACGUUUGAUUGAGAAUCUCAUUGCUGAAAAGGCUCAACUUGGUUCUAUGAAUGAGACAAAACAAGCAGAAACUCAAACGCUAAAUGAGCAAAAUGAAAAUCUCAUUGCUGAAAAGACUGAAUUUGAUUCUGUGAAUGAGACGAAACAAGCAGCGGUUCAAACACUGAGGUCAGAAAUUCAUGAUCUUAAGAAAAAUGUGAAAAUCCUAAAUACAGAGACAGAAACUGUUGCUGUUGAAGUGGCCCAACUUGAAUUUCUGCUGAACAAAAAAGAAACAGAGAUUCAAACACUGAAUGAGCAGAAUGAGAAUCUCAUUGCUGAAAAGAUUCAACUUGAUUCUAGGAAUAAGAAUAAUCAAAUACAGAAGGAAAAACAGGAAAACCUAAAUGAGAGCCUUACUGCUAAGGUGGCCUAUCUUGAAUCUCAGCUAGAAAAAGAACAAGCAGAGAUUUCUAGUCUGCAGGCAGCAGAGAGUGAUCUUCUGUGUCAAUUGAAAGAGGCUCAAAGGGAUAAUGACCAUCUAACACAAAAGCUGGUCUAUGUUGAAUCUCAGAGGGACAAACAGGCAGGAAUCGAAAAUUUGAGCUCAGCACUGCAUGAUUGUCAGGAAGAGAUUUUGAUUAAGGAGAAUGAAAGUACUGCUGCUAAGCUGGCAGAAGCUGAAUCUGUAAAUCAGAAACAAAGAGAAGAAAUUAAAAACCUGAGGACAAAAUUGCAAGAUUCUCAGGACAAUGAGAAGAGUUUGAAUGAGCUGAAUGAAAAUCUCAUUGCUGGAAAGGCUCAACUUGAUUCUAUGAAUGAGACAAAACAAGCACAGAUUCAAACACUGAGAUCAGAAGUUCAUGUUCUGAAGGAAAUCCUAAAUGAGAAGACAGAAAACUUCACUGGUGAGGUGGCCCAUCUUGAAUCUCAGCUAGAAAAAGAACAAGCAGAGAUUUCUAGUCUGCAGGCAGCAGAGAGUGAUCUUCUGUGUCAACUGAAAGAAGCUCAAAGGGAUAAUGAUGAUCUAACACAAAAGCUGGUCUAUGUUGAAUCUCAGAGGGACAAACAGGCGGAAAUUGAAAAGUUGAACUCAGCACUGCAUGAUUGUCAGGAAAAGGACAAGAUUUUUAUUAAGGAGAAUGAAAGUACUGCUGCUAAGCUGGCAGAAGCUGAAUCUGUAAAUCAGAAACAAAGAGAAGAAAUUAAAAACCUGAGGACAAAAUUGCAAGAUUCUCAGGACAAUGAGAAGAGUUUGAUUGAGCUGAAUGAAAAUCUCACUGCUGGAAAGGCUCGACUUGAUUCUAUGAAUGAGACAAAACAAGCAGAGAUUCAAACACUGAGAUCAGAAGUUCAUGAUCUGAAGGAAAUCCUAAAUGAGAAAACAGAAAACUUCACUGCUGAGGUGGCCAAUCUUGAAUCUCAGCUAGAGAACAAACAAGCAGAGAUCGUAACACUGGAUGAGCAGAACGAGAAUCUCAUUGAUGAAAAGGUAGCAUAUCUUGAGUCUCUGUGGGAGAAAGAACAAGCAGAGAUUCAAACACUGAAUGAGCAGAAUGAGAAUCUCAUUGCUGAAAAGGCUCAACUUGAUUCUAUGAAUGAGACAAAACAAGCAGAGAUUUCUAGUCUGCAGGCAGCAGAGAGUGAUCUUAUGUGUCAAAGGGAUAAUAAUGACCUAACACAGAAGCUGGUCUGUGUUGAAUCUCAGAGAGACAAACAACAGACCGAAAUUGAAAAGCUGAGCUCAGCACUGCAUGAUUGUCAGGAAAAGGAAGAGUUUUUGAAUAAGCAGAAGGAGUGUACUGCUGCAAAGCUGGCAGAAGCUGAAUCUCUGAAUCAGAAACUAAGAGAAGAGAUUAAAAACCUGAGGACAAAAUUGCAAGAUUCUCAGGACAAUGAGAAGAGUUUGAUUGAGAAUCUCAUUGCUGAAAAGGCUCAACUUGGUUCUAUGAAUGAGACAAAACAAGCAGAAACUCAAACGCUAAAUGAGCAAAAUGAAAAUCUCAUUGCUGAAAAGACUGAAUUUGAUUCUGUGAAUGACACGAAACAAGCAGCGGUUCAAACACUGAGGUCAGAAAUUCAUGAUCUUAAGAAAAAUGUGAAAAUCCUAAAUACAGAGACAGAAACUGUUGCUGUUGAAGUGGCCCAACUUGAAUUUCUGCUGAACAAAAAAGAAAUAGAGAUUCGAACACUGAAUGAGCAGAAUGAGAAUCUCAUUGCUGAAAAGAUUCAACUUGAUUCUAGGAAUAAGAAUAAUCAAAUACAGAAGGAAAAACAGGAAAACCUAAAUGAGACCCUUACUGCUAAGGUGGCCUAUCUUGAAUCUCAGCUAGAAAAAGAACAAGCAGAGAUUUCUAGUCUGCAGGCAGCAGAGAGUGAUCUUUUGUGUCAAUUGAAAGAGGCUCAAAGGGAUAAUGACCAUCUAACACAAAAGCCGGUCUAUGUUGAAUCUCAGAGGGACAAACAGGCAGGAAUCGAAAAUUUGAGCUCAGCACUGCAUGAUUGUCAGGAAGAGAUUUUGAUUAAGGAGAAUGAAAGUACUGCUGCUAAACUGGCAGAAGCUGAAUCUGUAAAUCAGAAACAAAGAGAAGAAAUUAAAAACCUGAGGACAAAAUUGCAAGAUUCUCAGGACAAAAUGAAAAUCCUAAAUGAGAAGACAGUAAACUUCAAUGCUGAGAUGGCCCAUCUUAAAUCUCAGUUAGAGAAAAAACAUACAGAGUUUCAAACACUGAAUGAGCAGAAUGAGAAUCUCAUUGCUGAACAGGCUCACCUGGAUUCUAUAAAUAAGACAAAACAAGUAGCAAUUCAAACAUUGAGAGCAGAAGUUCAUGAUCUGAAGGAAAUGGUGAAAAUCCUACAUGAGAAAACAGAAAACUUUACUGCUGAGGUGAGGCAUCUUGAAUUUGAGCUAGAGAAAAAACAAGCAGAGAUUCAAACACUGAAUGAACAGAAGGAGAAUCUCAUUGAUUCUAUAAAUAAGACAAAACAAGCAGAGAUUUAUGAUCUGAGGGCAGCAGAGCAUGACCUAACUCAGAAGCUGGUCUGUGCUGAAUCUCAGAAGGACAAAAAACAGACAAAAAUCAAAAAGUCGAGCUUAGAACUGCAUGAUUGUCAGGAAAAGGAAGAGUUUUCGAGUAAGCAGAAUGAGAGUGUUGGCACUGAAUUGGCACAAGUUACAUCUGUAAAUCAGAAACAAAGAGAAGAGAUUGAAAACCUGAAGACAGAAAAUCAAUCUUUUGAGUUCCCAGUGGCAGAGGUUCAAAAACCCAUCUGGGACGAGAUAAGGCAAAAGACCCUGGUAGAGUCUCCCAAACCAAAUUGGUCCUAG